CUAUAUAAUCACUGCUCUCUAUCAUUCACUCCUUCACCAUGGGAAGCAUGAAGGUACACCAGUUCGCACGUGGACUCUGGGAGCACGAACCCUCCCUCUCGCUUGGCUGUAAACGCUUACGCCCUCUCGCUCCAAAGCUGGCUAACUCAGUCGACACAGCUGCUGCUGGUCUCGCUCCUUUCGAUCUCAAGAGCUUCAUCCGACCCGAAAGCGGCCCCAGAAAGCUCGGAUCCUCUGACGACAAGAGAGAUUCAUCCCACCAGGUUGAAACGCACCCAGGAGGGACUCGGUGGAAUCCAACGCAAGAACAGAUUGGGAUACUGGAAAUGCUGUACAGGGGAGGAAUGCGCACCCCUAAUGCACAGCAAAUAGAACAAAUCACCGCUCAGCUUGGCAAGUACGGCAAGAUCGAAGGCAAGAAUGUAUUUUACUGGUUUCAAAAUCACAAAGCACGCGAGAGACAGAAGCAAAAGCGCAACAGUCUCGGUCUUGUUCAUAGUCCCCGUACGCCUACUCCCGUUACCAUAACUUUAGAUACCAGAGGAGACAUGGAAAGAGAGGAAGAUAGUCCGUACAAGAGAAAGUGCCGGAGCUGGGCGUUCGAAUGCUUGGUAGAAGAUAGUAGUAAAUUAUCGUGUAAAGAUCAUCAAGAGGAAGAUAGAACUCUGGAGCUGUUCCCAUUGCACCCGGAAGGCAAAUGAAGGGGUUUGAAAAUUUUUAAAAUGAAAAAAAAAAAAUGAAAAAUUUUCAUUAAUUCAGCUUUAUUUUCAGUGGGAUGGAUCUGGCUUUGAUAUCAUGUGGGUUUCUUUUCCUUUUUUACUUCUUUCUUCGUUUUCGGGAAAGAAGAAAGACUAAGUUGUCUAUGUACUCUACUGCUGCUUAUGGGAACCAAAGCACUUUUCUUU